UCUGCCUGGUUUGGUGUUUUCUUUUAGAGCAAACAGCUGAGUGUCGCUCAUGGAUGAGCUUCAGAUAAACAUGGAGUGAAGAAUAAACCUAUUACACCCGCGGACAUUUUGGAAAUACAGUACGUGCUUUCCUGCUUCUGAAUCUACUCCUUUGUGGCUCACCUGAUUAGUCUUCUGCCAGUGGAGCUCGACAGUUCAGAGGGCUCAGACUCCUCUGAACAAUGACUGAUUCAGACACUUCAUCCUCAUCUGAUCCCCUGCUACACAAACCUCACACUUCCCUCCCAAUCUCUUUCCCUUUUCUGAGAGGGGGCAGUCAUGUCUGGGAAAGGAAACCACCACAAGCCGGGGACACAACAAGUCCACUUCCGACCAAACGCAAUCGCUCCUACUCUGCAACUGUGAGGUCCAGGUCUGGACCAGUUUUCAAGGGAGUCUGCAAGAACUUCUCUAGAUCCCAGGGACAUGGUUUCAUCCGACCCACUCAUGGAGGAGAGGACAUAUUUGUUCACAUCUCAGACAUUGAGGGUGAAUAUGUACCAGUGGAAGGAGAUGAAGUGACCUACAAAGUGUGCCCUGUUCCACCGAAGAAUCUGAAGUUUCAAGCUGUAGAGGUGGUAAUCACUAACCUUACACCGGGAACAAAGCAUGAGACAUGGUCUGGACAAGUCAUCAGCUCAUAGCUCAGAUGUUUACUCUUGCAAGAAUGAAGAACAGAAGUUUCAGCAGGAUGAAUUCGGGCAUGGAGAAGGAAAAUCCAAUGUAAUAAAAUAGCCAAAGGCUAUGCUUGAAUGGUGUCAUGUGUAAAAGUAGGUUAUGGAUGAAUUUGGGGUCGUGUAUCUUCUGAGUAUUUAGCUUGGCAAAUAAAUGCUAAGUUGAUAUAAGUUAGUUUAGCAGGCCUGACUGAGCUUUUAAAAUGAUAGUAUUAUAAAAACACAAAGUCUCAAUCUGUUUAGAAAUGUCUGUCUGUUUGUUCAUCUAUCUGUCUGUCUGUCUGUCUACCUGUAUUUAUUUGUUUUGUUUGUUUUUAUAAUUUUGCUGCAUUGUGGUUGCAUAAUACUGACAACCAAAAUGCUAAUGUGUUAUGGAAGGUCAGUGAAAAUUAUGCUCUUUAAUAAUACAAAUGUCAGAUUUUUGUAAAUGUAAAUUUCAGUUAUCUUACCUCACAGUCCGGAUGGACAAAGUAUUAAGAAAUUAUACUUAAGUCAAGGUAUAAAUAGUCAAAAUCUUACUUAAUAUUAAAGCAGAAGUAUCCUGCCAAAAAAACUGAAUUAAGUGACAGUCAAAUAGUUUCUAUUUUUGCCCAGGGACGCGUAUCUUUAAAAGAUUCACUGCAAUGAAUUUUCCAUAUUCAGACAGAUAUGGUUAGCUAUAGUGCUAUCUUCAUAAUGGAACAUGAGAAAAACUAUUAAGUAUGGUAACAAAGUACAACUACUCAAGCAUUGUCCGUUCUUGGUCAAAGUAAAUAACUUUUUUUAAGGACAUUGGACCUGCGCACAAACCUUAUCCAUUUGAUAAUAGGCUGUUCAUCUAAUAGUUUUUGACAUUAGAUUGUCCUCAUUUGAAACAAACUGUGUGCAUUAUAAGAAUUUUAAGUAAACAAUUAUUUAACUAAAUAUCCCAUUCAAAUUCACUUAUUUACAAAAUUUAGUGUAUGUGUAAUUUUAUUGUAUUUACAGUGUAAUAAAGAUUUGGUUUUGAAUUUA